AUGUCUCGAAAUAAAGAAAACAAUCCACUCUCGAGUACCCGGCGCCAUGGAACUGCAGCAUCGCUGGGCGCGAACAUCCCCAGCGAAGAUUUCUUCACCGAUAGCAUGCUCGGCGAUGACUCGCGCAUUCCCAGUCCGAGUCCGCAAAAGGUCAGACCCGUACGAGCGAGACGCGCCGCUGGCCUCGGGAGAGCGCUACAAGCAACCAAAGAUUCAGGCAAUAGAGCACAGCGCACAUCACUGGCCGAGUAUACGAGUGCCAGAUUAAGCAGGAUCCCGCAGCCACCUUUAUCCGUGGAGACAAGGAUAAGCCAGAGUCCGCACCGGACGAACGUUCAAAGCACUCCGCCGCAAUCUCGGAGUGGCCCUCCCUUGACGAGCCCUGCCGAGUUCUCUAGCCCUCCCCCCGGUCUCACGGACGUGUACCAAAGGAUAGCGGACGAGGAGGACCUUGCUGCUACAGAAAGAGAGGGGGACAGUGACGAAGGUGCCGAGGUUGACGGAGAUGAUACUUUGGGAUCGGCUCUAAUGGCAGGCCCAUCUGAUGACACUGGCGAUGUUGAGCAGGUUGCAUCCGGUGUGUCGACGCCCGAAAACAAGACUCUGGACACCAAUAAGCCGCGGGAUAUGGUUGAAGACCAGAGCGGAAGCUUCUCUGCCCCGCCCACGUUGGAUUUUGUGCAGAAUGAGUUAUCAGAUCGCGUGCUUGCGGCGAAAUUGACGCCGCAUGUCGUAAAUUCUGCGAAAGAUAGAGAAAGGUUGAAUCGAAUGCGACACAGCAGGGUUCCGAUCAAUUUCAAACAAAGCCCGAGGCAAGAAUUAAAUGGAUCUGCUGCCGGUCCCCGACAAUUUGAUCUUGCGAAGAUUGCAGCACGAGGUCCGAUCAGUUUUGAGAAUGUUCCGCCCACCAAAGUAAAUGGCGCAGGAAAGGCUCAUUCCGACACCUCGGUUGCUUCGCCUCAGAAAAAAGUCCAAGCAUUCAGCAAAGCUUCAAGCAGAGCCAUCAAGCGGGAGGAAGAUGACGAUGGGAGCGACACCCCGGAUGAGUUACGCGACAAAGAAAGGGCCAUCGCCUUCAGCAGAGCUAUACGCAAAAAGGAGCCCCUGCAUAAGGACGAAAACCAUUGGAACCCUGAUGGAGGCCCGAAACCGGUCGCCCUUUCUCGUGCCAAUGGCCACUCACGCCCAUAUGGCCAAAUUGGCCACGCGAAUGGAUCCGAAGAGCAGGCGAUGGACCCCAAUGAAACUAUCACCACCACGGCAUCAGAACCAAUCCCCAAUGUGUCGCUGCAUGCCGAUAGUAGACCUAGAUCAGAAGCCCUAGACAAAACCAGAAGUCUGCAACAGUUUCUCUCCAAGUGGCGUCACGAAAAUGCAAAACGACAGGAACAAGAGAGCAGGAAGUUGGCUGCUGAGCCCGACAGCUCCCAGGUUGACUGGGCUGCGGCUGCAGCAGAUGUUCCUCUCCCGUCUGUGGAGAGAAGCUCGACGAGUCCCGACAAGAGCUCAACACCUCAAGGCACACCCCCUCGAGACUUGCAGGCAACGGUCCAAAAACAGCGCUCAGUUGAAAAAUUCCGAGUUUGGGGUGACAAUGAUUUUACUGGAAUCUCGUUUCAAGUUUCGGACAGUCCACCCAUCCGAAGUCAAGCCAAGCCAGACGAAUCGCAGACCAAGACAAAGACAGAACUCCAGAGGCUGGCUCAGGGCUACAUAACCACCAACAGAUUGAACGAGAUGAGUGCUAAGAACCCUAGUAUAGUUCGAAAAACCUCAAGAUCAUUCAGUCCUGAAGAACGAAGACUAUCUCAGCCCGAUCGAGCAGCCGAGAACAGGAGGCAAGACAGCGAAAAUCUUGGUGAAGGAGAGCGAAUACCGGACACACCUGUCGUUGUUUACAGGUCCUCAAGUAAUAAUAGUGACAAUUCGAGCCGGUCGCAAAGACCCACCCCCGAGUCACAGCGAUCACUCGAUCAUCUUCAAAGGCUUGCCAGAGCUGUCAGCACCACUCCAAAGGCUAGCCCUCCGCCUGAAAACCCAGUGGAUGUUGACCCUGAAGACACCACCGGCGAUGAUAUCCUUGCGGCUUACGGAGACGUAGAGGAUACCGCCACCGAAUCGUCACCCGUUCACGAGAUUGCGGAAUCACAAUCCAAAGCUCCGAAGGUCAUGGCCACACCCAAAGUGGUAGGUGCGUGGACUGAUACAAUUCUGCCGGGCACAGUGCGGACGCAGCGAUCAAUCCUGAAGCAACCCAAGCACUUGCAGACACCUCACGUCAAUGCUGGGGCUUGGGUUGAUACACCGUUGCCCAACGGCGAAGUGUUUCCCGCUCCUUCAAUGCCCGAAAUUAUCGAAGAAGCCACUGAAGACCUAACCCACGGUGUCAAUGCAGCCUCAGAGCAGCCUCCUAUCGACCAACAAACGUCUGAACCCACCGGAGAUGAGACGUUAUCGGAUAGUGGAAAAGUGGCAGAAGCACGCCCUUCGCUCGAGAGACCUCUUAUUCUUCCUCAAAGUGCGCUUACUAACGUCCUCAACGAAGCCAAACAAAGGCGCCUCGCCUCACAGGACAUUACCGAUUCACGAGAAGACACCCUCAACUUGGGAGAUGCCACGAUCCAGUCCUUUGAAGAUCUCCUCACUGACGCAGCUGACAUCACCGCUGACUUGACCAGCCUUAUCAGAACUAAUGCCGAGGACGAGGUUGUCAAGCAGCGACAACUGAGCCUUUUACAGGACGACGCAGAUUCUACUGCUGCAGAAAUGGCUUUCAUUGGACAUUUGACCUCACGCAUGGAACGGCUCAUGUCGAAUUUGCAUGAAGCCAGGAAAGGCAUUUCACGUCUUGAACAACGAGUUUCGACGUCGCCAUCGCCACCACCGCAGGACAAGCAGACACUGGCACAGUCACAAGCGCUCAUGAUGCAGAACCCAAAUCAACCAUGUGUUGUGUGCGGACAUCAUGGCAACGUACAGCACGUACAGCACGAUCAUCGGCCUCUGAAGAUGGUCAGUACAAAUUCAUUCCUUCCAAUGACGUAUUCGACCUUCACGAUUCCAAUCCCCCUUUUAUUCUAUCCACGGCGCAAAGACAAGGGCCAGAUUCUACCCCGCCCGACGUGGCUGGGCUGGGUGACGAUUGUUCUCUGGAGUUGGUAUAUCACCGAGUGCGUCAUGGCCGAGAUCUACGCACACCCGGUGUACGCAGAGUUCUAUGUCUGGCCUGCCGUGCCGGAACCAGAAUUCCCGUUCGUCCUGCCGACAAUGAUAUAUCGGUGGACCCACAUGGGCUCGUUCUUACCUAUCAUGGGACGAGUCGUCGUGGCUGUCUGGAGAGCCAUCGCGAUGAUGCUGGGGUUGAGCGACGGAUUUGUGGAUGAGACUGUAUCGCAAGUGGCCUCUGCAGCGAUGGAGGGUGCGACUGCAUUUGCCAAUGCGGCUGGUGAAGGACCAGACCUAAGCAUGAUGAAUGAUGAGUUUAUAUGA